AAAUAUAUUGUCGUUUUUAUCUGUUACGCGUUAUUAAUUACGUUACUUUAAUAAUAAUAAUAACAACAACACACAGUAACUUUUCGAUGUUUUCAAUCACUGUUUGCAAUGCAGUAAUAUUAUUACAGGUCCUGACCACGCCCCCGAUAACUUCUGGCCAAUCGAAGAGCUGUUUGGAUGACCGACACGUCUGUGCGCAUGCGCAGUGUUGUUGUGACUGUAGCGCGGGAGUGCAUUGAUACACCGGGAGGAAGGUCGUUCAUAGACGCAGCAGUUGUCAACAGUGUUGAUAACUCUUCCCAGUGGUCUAUUCCAUCCUGUUGAUAUGGAGGGCGAGUUCUCGCAGUCCCUCACCCCGCCUGUAUCCCCAUCUGCUCUGGAUCAUUAUGGUGAAUCUGCUCCCAGUCAGCCUGCCUGCUUCACCUGUGCUCAUGAACCAGGUAGAGAAGAGACGGGACGACUGUCAUCGAAUGGCUACAUCAGCAGAGGAGCCCUGAAGAGGUUGCUGUUAAAGCUCGAUCCAGCUCCUGCAGAUUUUGAGGGAGACACGGUUGAUAUUUUUGACUUCCCGUGGGUGACAGAAACAGCGCUGGUAGAAUCUACCAAACUUCUGUUUGGCUUGUUCAGACAAAAGGUGUUAAAACUGGAGACGCUGGUGCAGUCCAGCUCGCAUGAUUUUGGUCAAGCGAGCAGUCUUCAUUAUGAGGCAGAGGAACUGAGACAGCAGUGUGUGCUGUUCCUCAGCUACAUCAAGGUCUUCAUUUACAGGUUUCACAUUUUGUUUUGCUCUCAGUUUUUGGAGCCCUCACAAUCCCUAGAUGAAGGUCCUGUUCAUCUCUUUAAAGACACAGAGGCUCACCUGCCCUCAGUCUUGGUAGAGGAGCUCUUCAGUAUCACGCUGCUUAUUGGACGAAUCAAAAAUCUGCCAGCCAAUGUCCAGAGUGCUCUUACAUUCAACAUCAGGGAAAGGUACCACAGGCACAGAACACCUAUGUGCCAAUUAUAUCUUUUACUCUUUCCUCCAUCUUGGCAAUUAUUGCAUCUGCACCUGGACAUCCACUGGUCUGUUCUGGAGAUCCUGUUGGAGCAAAGGAUGAUGGGUCAGGUAGUUUAUGCACACCAGUUCGUGAAUUUGACAGGUGAGACGCUCACGAACAUCAGUCUGUUUGAGGACCAGGUCAACAACCUGCUCUGUGAUCUCAUUGGCCUGGCCAUGAACAAAUAUAAUAAGCUCUUUCACCGUGCCCUGGUUAGGUGUGUCAGUCUAUUGCAGCAGGCUAAGAGCUGCUGUAGCCCUGCAUCUGUCGGCUCCAACUCUCACACGCAGCUCUACCGCUCAACUAACUCCUUCCAUAUCUUCCUGCGUAUUCUGGCCCUUCACCUGAGCCAGGAACAUGCUGGCGGUGCCCCCUGGAGACAAAUCAAGGGCAGAAAGUUCCACCAGAGGAGGAUGACGGAGCUCUCUGACACGGGCCUGCUGCACUUCCUGCUGCUUUUCCUGGUCUUGGCGCAGUGUGUAGAGCUGGAGGACGUGGCCAGUCGAGCAUGCUACUUGCUCGCUAUGCUGCCCGCUGACUCCACGCCCCCGGCCCUCCGCGCGUUGCAGUAGAGAGGCCAGCUGGCUCUUGUGCUGCUGUAUUUGGAGAAGGGACUGGAUGCUGGCGCGUUGGCGGAGCAGCUGGCCACCUACUUUAGCCAAGCGGCCCGCGAGUUCUACCUGAAGACCACCGAGCCUUUGCGCAAGCUAGCUCUCUGGGCUCCACUUAGCUCAUACCUGGAGGGGGUGAGCGAGGUGUUUGAGACGAGUCCUAAUCUUGCGCUGUCAGAGGAGAGGCUUCUGAACGAGGGCUUUGGACUGCUGCUGCCCGCCUGCCGCCAGUCCGAGCUCAGCUCUGCUUUGGGCUUCCUGCAGACGGUGCUGGCGCAAUUACGGAGAGUUCACCAGCGCUGUGGCCAGCAGUCUCACUCUAUAGACUUUCCCAGUUGGGUUCCUCUCCACAGCGUGGUUAAAGAGCGCCACCAAGCGGUGGCAGCGGCACUCUGGUCCCACUUCUUCCCCUUCCUGUGCGGCAUGAGGCUUUCCCAGACCCCCCCGCCACAGCUUGCGGACGCCGCAGCAGGCUUCACACUGUUGGCAUUAGACAUGCCUGGCUCUGCCCCUCAAAACCUACAGCCCCACCCCAUCCAGUCCAUUAUGCAGAGCUUCGGCUGGGACGAGAUGCUCCACCCCCUGCUGGUAACCCACUAUCUAAAUCACCUGCUGCAAAAUGGAGAGCUGGUCAUUUGGGUCAGCUCUGGGCCAGGCUCAGGUUCGGCCCAGGCUUUGUGUGUACGUGCCUGGAUCCGAUGUGUUCUACAACAGUACCUCCAUAAAAGCCAAGAUGCUCCAGAUUCAAGAGCAGGCAGAAAUCUGGAUGAACAGCUGGCCGAGUUAACCAGGCAGAUCCUCCAACUUCCAGAAGUGGAGUCUGUGCUGCAGAGAGCAGGAUUACAUCCUGUUGCUGCCAGAGAUCCCAAACCUGCAAUGGCUGUGUUCAUCAGGGCUGUGGGUCGAUCAUACUGUGAACUCCAGCUCCUCUCUGAGCGUUCUUCAGCAGUGUCCCGAGCACUAGAGUAUGUAGGAGACAUCCUCAAAUACAUCAAGCCUUACCUGCUAAACAAGAGCCGGGAGGGUCUACAGCUAGUAUACUGGACUGUAGGCUGCUUGGUCAAGCACUGGAGCUACCUGUUGGCCACCACCAAAGCUCAGCAACUGCUCUUCCGCAUUGUAGAUGUGCUCUUAUUGCCCCACGCUCUCCUCCAGCAGGACAGUGGCGCGCACACUCAAAUGAUCUCAGCCCUCAAAGAAAGCCUGCCUUUGUUUCUGCAGGGUUUGUCAGUGGCAGUGAGUGUGUCCCAAUCUCAGGGGGCGUACCUGAAGCAGCAGCUGCACAGUGUCAUUUCCCAGUACCUGAGCCGAUUUCUCCCAACCACACCCUCUACUGGAGCAGUGGUCAAUCAUCCUGUCCUGCUGGCAGCCUGCGAAUCAACACCCACGCCACAGGGGGAAAGACUCAGGAGGAGCAUUCUGCAUGUGCUGAGAGAGAACUUCCUCCAGUUUAAAGGUCUCACUCCUAUCCCUCGACUCGCUGCUGUUCUCUCCUUCCUGUUGGAGCUCCUGAAAAGGAACAGUGACAGAGAUCCUGCCUUGCACACGAUUCCUCUUCCUUUGGUGCUGCGCUGUCUGAUGCUGGUCAAUGAACCACAAGUAAAGAGGUUACGCAGCUUAUUGUGGAGAGGUGCACCGCUGCGGCAGGAGAGCAGCCAUGUGAACACACCACUACUAUUCUACAGGCCUUUGUGGAAGAGAAUUAAGGUGUAUACGACCAGCAAGUGUAUAAUGUUCUAGAAGUUGUUGCCGUCCUUCACCCCUUCACAGUGACUGCUCUUAUUCCCUUUCUGUCACUGAGCCUAAGAAAGAUAGAGUGCAAGAGAGGUCUGGGAAAAAAUACCUCACUCAGCAACAGUUACCUAUAUGUCAGCUGAGAUCUAAGAAGAAACUUAAUGCUAAAACCAAUGUUAAUCAUUAGUGAAAGUGAAAGUGACAUACAGCCAAGUAUGGUGACCCAUACUCAGAAUUUGUGCUCUGCAUUUAAACCAUCCAAAGUGCACACACACAGCAGUGAACACACACACACCCAGUGCAGUGG